GGCUACAGGUGCCCUAAAUGAUGAAAGAGCAUCCCAAACCUCUCAGCCUCCUCCGACACCACCUCCUGACCACGCACACCCCCACCUCCCCCACUCGCUCAUCUUCUUCUGAGCGGGUAGGGCUGCAGCAGUUUUAUGAACGGCUGCACCAGGAUCGCUUCCUGGCGCGCGCCUUUCAUUGACAAACAUCCAGCCUGCUGCAUUUCUGUCAGAGACAACGCUGAGGAACGGAGCAUCGCCGAGGGAGAAGCACAGAGCAGGAGGUGGAGACGGAGAAGGAGGAGGAGAAGAGGAAGAGGCUGCAGUCAUCAUCAACAGGACCCGGUGCCGUUCACAGCAGUUUGGAAGACUCGGAGUCUUGGAAGUGUUUCGGACUGGACGUGCUUUUUUCAUUCCGUCUUCAUUCUCCUGCAAACCUCAGAAGAAUCAUCAGGGUGGGGGCAGUCAGACAGCUUUUGCCACUUAGCCCCCCCUCUGGGGGAUGGGAGGCGGCGUCGUUAACAGUCAAUCACAGGCGCAGUACUGGACCUCUUUAGCGAAUUCCAUGACGCGCCCGGACGCGCAGAUGGAGGAUUCUUGUCACCUUUUAAGAUCAAGGAAAUCUGCGAGCCUGCAACGGCCGGUGUGAGAUGAGAACUGAGUCGUGGGUGGCGUAGACCCCCAGCUCCCCUUCCCACCCCUCUCCCGGCGCGUCGUCCACGAACACUCCCUCCACCCGGGACGCACAGUCUGGUUUCUCUUCAUCGUGGAAGCAUGUCCCGGGCAGCGGCGAUCGCCAGCUCCCUGAUCCGCCAGAAGCGGCAGGCAAGGGAGCGCGAGAAGGCGAACGCAUGCCGCGGCAGCAGCAGCCCGAGCAACAGCAAAGGCGCAAACGACAAGCCCAGCAAGCUGAACGUCUUCUCGCGCGUCAAACUGUUUGGAUCCAGGAAGAAACGGAAGAGAAAGCGACCACCAGAGCCCCAGUUAAAGGGCAUAGUGACCAGGCUUUCCAGUCGCCAGGGCUUCCAGCUCCAGAUGCAGCCCGAUGGUACAGUCAAUGGAACCAAGGAUGAAGACAGCUCUCAUGCUGUGUUCAACCUGAUCCCUGUGGGGCUUCGUGUCGUGGCCAUCCAGGGAGUCCAGACAAAACUCUACCUGGCGAUGAACAACGAAGGCUUCCUCUACACCUCCGAACAUUUCACUCCGGAGUGUAAGUUCAAGGAGUCUGUCUUUGAGAACUACUACGUCACCUACUCCUCCAUGAUGUACCGGCAGCAGGCCUCUGGACGGGCCUGGUACCUUGGACUCAACAAGGAAGGCGAGGUCAUGAAGGGGAACCAUGUGAAGAAAAACAAGGCUGCAGCACACUUCAUACCCAAACCCCUCAAAGUGGCCAUGUACAGGGAGCCCUCCCUCCACGACCUGACUGAACUCUCACGAUCAGGCAGCGGCACGCCAACCAAGAGUCGCAGCGCUUCAGCUCUCCUCAACGGCAGAGGGAAAACGCCCAGCAACAAUGACUUAUCCUAGCCUCUCCACCCCUCACACAUUCACACAGUCACACACACACAUGCACACACAACUCAGGCUGUCAUGCCCACACAUCCGGUUUGUGAGGGGUAGAUGAGGCGGAGAACAAAAACAGAGGGAGAGGGAGUUUUCCACUUCUCAAAGCCCACUGUGACUGACUGUGAUGUAAAUAAAUCAAGGACAAUCAAUCGGUCUGGCUCUGCUGCCCCGGCCUGCAGAGAACGACAGGACCUCUGCAUCUCUCGCCCUUCACUUCUCUUCUCUUCCUGCUGUAUCAUAACCAGAUAGUCCGAGAGGAGGAAGGGAGACCCCCGGUCCCAGCGCACGAUAAACAGACUGUUACAGAGAACCAAAGAGUCCAAGUGUUAACUAACUCGGUUAUUGCUACGAAGAGGCAAGAGGCCAGACAGAUCCAGGGAGUUGCAAAAGCAGGAAGAAAGUCUUUAUUCGACAGGACGCCAUGUUUACACAGAGCUCACGGGGUUAAGUCAUAUUUUCAAAACCACGUUCCUCGCACACUGAAAAGGAUCUACCAUUUGUUGGCAUGCAGGUGUCCCUGAGAGUGAGGUGCUGGGUACAUAGUGUGCUUACAGUGUUUGUGUGGGUAUGUGUGUGAGUGUGUGUGUGAGCACUGGGAGAGAUUCUACCUUUUUAAAAUCUGUUAUAUAUGAGACGAACCUCCUGAGGGCUUUAGCAGGUUAUUCCAAGGUUUACUGUAUAUGCUUCCAUGCUUACUUCUUACAAGCAAUGCUCUUGUUUCUCUUUCCGUUUGAUAUUGUUGUCCCUUGCUGUUUGUUUGUUUGUUGUUGCAUGGAAGCUCGUGGACCUCUGCUCAGUAGCAGCAUGCUGACGGUCCCUUUUAUUUUUUCCCCCUCUUCUUUUUCCUCCCGGUCUUAAGUGUUCCUGACCACAAGUGAACACUAGUGAGCCAAUAGUGUGAUACCAGAACACUAGUGAACCAAUGUGAGAUUGUUCCAACACUGCUGGACCAAUUGUUUUGCACCAGAACACGAGCGGACCGUUGGUGUCGGCCCGGCGUUUUGGCGAACCAAUGGGAGCACAGAUUAACUCCGUAUUUUUGUUCCUGCUGUGGACAAACUAGAAAUGCACUAAAUAAACUCUUUGUAAAGAACUA